UCUGAAAUGGCCAUUGCAGUUUUCAAUGCAAUCCUCAAUCUGUCUUUCCAUGAAAGAAUGUUCUCAUUCUGGCCAUGAAGAUGAUAUUUAGUCUCAAACUACCCUUUGGAUGAAAAUUUUGGACUUCUUUUUCUCUGGGAAACAAUUUUGGAUUUGUUGAUGGCCAGUUGGCCGCUGUGUGUUGAUCACUGCAGAGGAUGCAGUUUUGAUCUAGUUUGUUGGUUUCUUUGCUCUUGUUCUUCUAUGCUGAAAAUCUUUGUCCUUCCUGUAGUAGCUUUGUUUAUAAGAUACUAACUGUUCUGAAAGCGUGUCAUUGUUUACUAGUAAUUUUAUCAGUUUAUUUUUUUGUUUACUUGUCUCAUGUAUUUUCUGAUGGCCCACUAAAUGGCUGAGUAGUAGGGGCCAGUAGCAUUUGUGUUCACAGCCUACUUGUAUAACACUAUGUAACAGAUGUUUCGAAUGCUCUGGUAUUCGACUAUUCGUACAGGAGAACAAAUUGAUUAUUGUAUGCUAUGGUGCUGAAAAGCAUAGGGCAUUUCAUACAAUAAGGGAGCUUAUGUUAUGGUAACUUUGAAAAGGGUUAUGACAUUACCAUGUUAAUUUCUGCCAUAUCAUUUAGCUUCUAUUCCAUAAUAGCACUAUCUAUAUAGAUAGUGAGGGCAUCUUUAUGUACCAUCAUUUUUGCUUAUUUCUAUCUUGAAAGUCGGAAUAGGAGAAGGAAAAAAGCCGCAUGAGAUGAAUCUUGCAGAAAUUCAAACAUAGUAAUUACUCCCUCUGUAAAGAAAUAUAAGAGGGACCUGCGCGAGGAUGGUGCACAUUUGCUUGUUCCUGAUGUGAGGCUGUGGAAGUUGGAAGAAAUGAGAUGUUAGGUGUGUAUGCUUACUGUAAGGCAAAAGAUAUGGUUCAUGCUAUACUGGCGAAGAGAUGUGACUUUAAGAUCAGCUGUGUGUCCCUUCUCUGGUGCUUGUUGAAAUUAUAGAAACAAGAUCAAUAGGCGAGGGGAACAGGUUGCUCAAUGAAGCAACUUACCAUCAGGUGAAAUGUGCUGAAAGUGGAUGUAGAUGGCGCUUUUUUCUUCUUCCAGGAAACGAAGUGAAACAUGGUGGCUAUGGCUUUGCUGUAUUAUAGUGCAUGGAUUCACAAGGCCCUGUUAGGUGAUGAUGCCUUGAAGCUUCAGUGACAAGAAUGGCUUGACAGUGGCACAAGUUCUAUUCAGGGAAGCUCCUACUUUUCUCUUUUUUGAAUUAUGCAAGAGAUAAAAACUCACAGAAGAGGCCAUGAUGAGCAAUCGACGCGGCGAGGAUCAGGAGAAUGAGAAGAGCAGCAACUGGGGGAUGAUCACAGAGGAGAGCCCAAUGAUCGCGCUACUCCAGAGCAAACUCUGUAAGGUUGUUUACCAACUGAAGUUUACACAAAGAGGCGAGCCUAAUGAUGAGAGAUUCAGGGGAUUGAACAGGGGUCGCGUUGGGUUUGAACAUGACAGGAAAUCGGCGAAGCAUGGCAGCUGGGCCUUUGCUAUGCUCACUAAGCGUGAUUCUGAUGCCCUGAAACGACAUUGGUGGGGGCUUUGUUCAGAGAAGAAGCUCCUUCUGGGGCUUUGCAUUGCGGGAUUCCAUGGUCAGCUCAGCUCUGAACAAACAAAACAAGUUGAGCGAACAAUCAAUUCGAUGUGGCUUGCUUGGCUCGACCACAACACGCAAACACCGACCAGUGGCGCUCGCAAAGUACUCCCUCCAUUCCUAAAUGGUUUGCUGGACGAUCAGUUCCAGGAGCUGCAGAUGCUCCAGGAAGGGAGCGCCCCAGACUUCAUCGACAAGGUUGUCACGCUCUUCUCUGAGGAUGGCGAGCGUAUCAUCGGCGAGAUCGCCAAGCUGCUGGACAAGCCAUGUGUGGACUAUCACAAGGUGAGCCGUUUUGUGCUUGAACUCAAGGGAAGCAGUGCAUGUAUUGGUGCUCAGAGAGUGAAGAACAGUUGCAUUCAGUUCCAUCAGUGUUGUCAGGAGAAGAGCAGAGAUGGGUGCCUGAACUCACUGGAUUCUGUGAGGAAUGAUUUCUAUGAUGUGUGCAGCAUGUUCAAGCCACAUGCUUCAGGUCCAAGCCUUAAUCCUAAACUGUAGACUUGAGCGAUAAAGCUGGAGCUGCAUGUUUCUGAUGGUACAACACCUUUGAAGUCGUGGAACCAUGCUCAACCUAGCUUAUAUAGCUUGGAGUCAUUUGCUUAUGUGGGGUCUGUAGCUGCCUAGCGGCAAGCUAAUCAUCUACUAGUAUCGAUGUCUUUGUUAUUGUUCGCACUUUCAUUUGGAAUUCUCAGUGGUCAAAUAAAAAAUUCCGCUGUGGUUGUUUUGUGGAUUA